GCACAGGCUUCCGGCUCUAUUGGGAGCAGAGUGCGCGUUUUCAGGAGCGUGACCGGAGAAGACCGGAAAAAGCGUAGGAUUCGUGAGCAUUGAUUGGCUGAAGCGAGACGCGUUCGGGGCGCUGAUUGGCUUCGUCAUUCGCGGGAAGGUGUUUGUGGCGCCAGCGAAGAGUAGAUAACAGCGCUGCGGCUGCGACAGGGUUCUGAGGUGUCCGGCGAACCCACCAGAUCGGAACGUUCUGGGCCUCUUUCCUGAGGGAGUCGUGAUCAAGAUGUGGAAUAGUGGCUAUGAAAGCUAUGGCAGCUCCACCUAUGGGGGAGCCGGCGGCUACACACAGUCCCCUGGGGGCUUUGGAUCGCCGACACCUUCUCAGGCUGAAAAGAAAUCAAGAGCCCGUGCCCAACAUAUUGUGCCCUGUACCAUAUCUCAGCUGCUUUCUGCCACUCUGGUUGAUGAAGUGUUCAAAAUUGGGAAUGUUGAGAUUUCACAGGUUACUAUUGUGGGUAUAAUCAGACAUGCAGAGAAGGCUCCAACCAACGUUGUGUACAAAAUAGAUGACAUGACAGCUGCACCCAUGGAUGUUCGCCAGUGGGUCGACACAGAUGUGAGCGCUACACUGAAGAUUGUAUCGACGGGCCUUGGUGAUAGAUUGUGGAAGCCCUCAGCAGGGAGAGCACCUAUCAGCAAUCCAGGAAUGGGGGAAGCAGGGAACUUUGGUGGGAAUAGCUUCAUGCCAGCAAAUGGCCUCACUGUGGCCCAAAACCAGGUGCUAAAUUUGAUUAAGGCUUGCCCAAGGCCUGAAGGGUUAAACUUUCAAGAUCUCAGGAACCAGCUCCAACACAUGGCUGUAGCCUCAAUAAAGCAAGCUGUGGAUUUUCUUAGCAACGAGGGACACAUCUAUUCCACUGUGGAUGAUGAUCAUUUUAAAUCCACAGAUGCAGAAUAACUGGAUCUAAUUGGGUACCUGAGAUAUUUUCCAACUGGACCUAUUUUCACAAUCUGUUGUUUCCAGCUGUGCAUAUGUUUGGCCAGUUGAGUUCUAGGAAGUAGGUUUUAUCUAUACUUGGUCUCAAUUGACAUCCUUUUGAAAUUUACUGCUCUUCUGGUUUUUUGAAGCUCGAAGAGAGAUCAACUGACAAGAACGUAAAUCCAGGCGGAAUUUCUUAAAGUUACAAAUAAGCUGUUCACAACAUAAGGAUAGAUGGAUUUGGAAGAGAGAUUCUACCAAGAAAGUUUGGCAGUGUUACUUAAACAAUACUCGGGAGUUCUAUUCCUAAAAUGUUUUCUUUUGAGAGAAGAUGAGCAAGACUAGGGCAUAUCAGCAGAGAGCUAGCCCAGAAACCUGCUAACCUCUGCCUGUUUUUGUUCCCCACUUUAGUUAUGUGGCUUUACUUUCAGAAUUGCACUUUCCUUCAUCUUGUCA